AUGCUGGACAAGAACCCCGCGACGCGGAUCACGUGGGCGGAGAUCAUCAAGCACCCGUUCAACCAGCACAGCAUGCGGCCGAGGGAGCUGCCCGCGGAACCAGCACUGGAGGACUUCGUCACUCGCAACAACUUGCGGCCGGAGCCCGAGCAGGACCCGCGCGCGUCGAUGGCGGCGGCCAUCCGUGCCGCGGCGGACCUGCGCGGCAGCGUCGAUGUCACGCGGCUCUCGCAGAUCGCCGGCCGGAACAUCCGUCAGGACGGCACCAACGACACGGGGGGGGAGUAUCGCGAGCGGUCAGACGCGCGCGCCGGCGUCGCGCGCGGCGCCGCGCAGCAGGGGGCCGUCCCGAUCGACGACGCCGACGUCGAGGUCGACUUCGCGCAGCGCGCCACGCCGGAACCGCCCUCGGACGCCGCGCCAAGCGCCACCGCCGCCGCCGCCGCCGACGCCCGGCCCGCGAACGCCGCCCUCGACCGCCAGCAGUCGCGCGGCUCCGCGAUCCCGUCGUCCCCGGCGUCUACCUCGUCGCUGCCGCGCGCGGGCUCGCUCCCGCCGCAGCCCGACGCCAACUCGGCCACCGCGAGCGCGGCACCGACGCCGACCGGCAACGCGACUCCGCGGAUCCCUCCGCACCGAGCCGCAUCGGAACGCGGCGGGUCCGAGCGCGGGCAGGACGCCGCGGGCGCGGACGCCAAGCCGAUGUCCGCCGGGGGCCCCGGCGCACCGCGCGACACGAUUACACCCCUCCUGGGUAUAAACCCGCGUCAGGACCGCAAGGGCAUGGCGGAGCAGGCGUCGGCGAUGCAGAUCGGCGGCGCGGGCGCGGCCGGGCCCGGCGUGCGCGAGAACAUCGCGUCGCUCGGCGCCGGGCGCCCCGGCGGCGCGUGCUUGGAGGACGUGAUCUGGCACGCCUCCGACAUGGUGGUGAAGCCGAUCGUCGGCAAUCGGCGCAUCGAGCGGGUCCCGGAGCCGCGCUGGGACGCGGCCGCGCUGCCGUUCCGGCCGCUGACGCUGCAGGAGAUGAUCAUGGCGCCCGCGCAGCAGCUCGAGGGCUUCUUGCAACAAGUAUACAAAGCGCUAGCGUCAGGGGCGUCCGUGACGGACAAGGCGAACAUUCUGGCGUACUUCGAGUCGCUGUGCAUCGACAGCCAGGCGGCCAACAUCCUGGUCAACUCGUCGCUGAUGGCGCUGCUCGUGCGGCUCCUGCGCGCGGCGAAGUCCGACAAACUGCGCACGCGGAUCCCGUCUGUCAUGGGGCUGCUGGUGCGCCACGCGACGUACAUCGCGGACGAGCUGGCGUCGACGGGGAUCGUCGAGGCGCUCGCGGAGGUGCUGCGCGACAAGGGCGAGCGCGUGCGCCGGCGCGCGAUGGCCGCGCUGGGGGAGUUAUUGUUCUACCUGUCGACGCAGCAGCACCACACGGGCGCGCUGGCCUCGGACGGCGACGGCGACGGCGAGGGCACGAACCAGGGCGACGACAGCGACGGCGUCGCGACGCCGCGCGCCGCGGGCGGCGCGGCCACGCGGUGGGACGUCCCACCCAUCGUCACGGCGCAGGUGCUGCGGCUCCUGCGGCAGGGCGAGGACGACGUGACGCAGCACUACGCGCUCAAGACGAUCGAGAACAUCGCGACGCAGGGAGGCGAGUGGGCCGCGCGGUUCGCGACGAAAGAAGCCGCGUUCUGCUGCGCGCAAGUGCUGCUGAACUCGAACCAAGACACUGUGCGCGGCACGGCGGCGUCGACGCUCGCGCGGCUCGUGCGCGCGCACCCCGCGCUCCUGCCGUACACGAUCGAGAAGUUCGGCCUGCGCACGCUCGUCCAGGGGCUGCUGGACACGUCGUCCAAGUCGCAGGGCGCGUGCGCGACGAUGCUGGCGCUGGCGCUGGCGAGCCCGGACGUGCCCGUGCGCGCGACGGCGGGCGCGCUCGAGGACCGCACGCUGCAGCAGGGCCUCGCGCAGCUCCUGGACUCCCCCCUCCAGAUGCUGCAGGGCAAGGGGGUUGUUAUUUUGGGGUUGCUGGCCCGACAGGGGUUCGCGCACCUGGCGCGCGCGGGCAAGGUCGUCGAGAAGAUGGAGCGGCUCAGCCGCGAACGCGACCCCUACGUCCGCGCCGCGCUGCGGUGCCUCCAGGCCGAAGUGCGGCACCAGGUCAGCGCGAUUCUGCUGCCGCGGUGCACGCAGGAGCUGGCGGCGUCACAGGGCGGCCGCCGGGCGGCGUCGCCCGCGCUCGGGCGCGCGGCGAGCCGCGGUGGCGCGCUGGCGUCGUUCAGCGUCGUGCCGUACCUGCUGCAGAGCCCGACGCUGCGGCCGGCGGUGCAGUCCGCGGCACUAGUGUCGCACCUGGCCGCGUUCCUGCGCGCCGUGACGGCGCCCGGGGCGGCGUCCGCGGGGCCGCCGGAGUUCAAGGAGGCCGUGCUGCGCGCGCUCGACGCGCUGUCGGAGAGCCCGACGGCGGUGAUGGGCCUCGACAGCGCGGGCCAGACCAAGGCGCUGGAAGACCAGCUGUCAAGGGUGGAGCUUGUCGACAACGCGGCGGCCCCGGGCGACAGCGCGCCGCCCGAGCAGCCCCGGCAGGGCCCCGGCAGCCUCCCGCACGCCGCGGCGCACGACCUCAUCCCGGCGCUCGCCGACGUGGUCGCGUCACAGACCGAGGGCGGCGACGCGCGGUACUCCGCGCUCGCCCUCCUGGCCGACCUGCUCCUCGCGCACCUCGCCGCGCGGCCGCCGCAGCAGCGCGCGGAGUCCGCGCAGGGCGGGCGGCUCGCGCGGGACGCCCCACCCCCCCCGGGGCCUCCCGAGGCCGACGCCGUCGACGCCGCCCUGACCUCCGUCGUCCUCCCGCUCCUCCCGACGCUCCUCGAGGGCCAGGAGUCGGACAUGAUCCCUCUCUGCGCGCUCAAGGUGCUCGUCGCGCUCGUCGAGAGCGCGCCCGCCGUCUGGGCUCCCCGCGUCGCCGCGCUCCAGAUCGUACCGCGGCUCUUCAGCUUCCUCAGCCUCGACCACCCGAACAACAACGUGCACAACAUGCGGCUCUGCCGCGCGCUCGUCGUCUUCGGCGCGCUGACCUGCGAGCAGGCCGCGCAGCUCCGCGCCGUCGAGCGCGUAGAACAGGUUUUGGUUUAUGCGCACGAGAACGCGGUGGAGCCGUUCCUGGACCCCGCGCUCGACCUGUGCUGCUCGCUGCUCGAGCGCGACCAGCACGCCACGCACGCCGGCGAGCCCGGCGCCGGAAUCACCCGUGGGCUCGUGUCGGCGCUGCCGGUGCUGGUCGACCUGGUGCGGCACCCUGACUCAGGGAUCGGGAAGCUGGCCGCGGAGUGCCUCGGGUUCCUCUGCGACCUCUUCCCCGCGGACGCGUCCGUCGUGCUGCUCAGCGAGGAGUUCGCGCUGGCGCUGGCGGGGUGUUUAGACCUGGGGCAGGAGGAGGGGGGGGGUGUGGAUGACGCGGGCAUGGGGGGCGGGUUCGGCGUGGAGGCGUCGGUGCAGGAGAGCUUGCUCGUGGCGCUGUCGUGCGUGCAGCCCGUGGGGCUGCCUGUGGAGGGGCCGGAGGUGGAUGCAUUGGCGGCGUUGCUGGCGCAGGCCGAGGUGCUGUCGCGGCGCGGGGAGGGGGCCGUGCGGGAAGCGGCGAGCCAGGCGGUGCUGUCGCUGUCGGCGGUGUUGCAGGCGCGCGGCGGGUAG